AUGAGUACCUUGACUGGUCGUGGGCAGACGCGCCUAUACGUGCGCAUGGAGGGGCUGUGCCCUUUCGCCCUGCUGCUUGACGACGAUGCGAGCGCUGAUGUACUCGAGCGCGCCGCACGCCACUACGCGUGCGAGCGGUACGGAUUGAAGGCGGACGCGGAGCAUGUGAUGGUGCGCCGCAUCCUUUUCACCGGAGGCGAUCAGCUGAUAGACUUCGCCCUCGUGAGGAAGAAGCGACUUCCUGAAGACUUGCCUGAUGCGGAAUCAACGGCGACGCCCGCCCGAAACGUAGGGAGGAACUUUGCCUUCGUUGACGUGCUGCCAGCGUACCACAACUCCGACUCACCCGACGCCGUCCGCGAGUCGUACCGGACGGGGGCGACGUCGGCUUUGGACGACCAUGAAGUAACGGCGAAGAGCCGCGGAGCCAAGGAGGCGUGGGACGCUGCCGCUCUCCUCCCAUCGCCCUUGUAUUUCUCCUUCGUGGCCUUUAACCGACUUGUUCUCAUGAUGACUGACCCGCGCGGCCUGCAGCGGGAGUUGCUGACUCGCGUUGUCCUCCUCACAUAUCGCCAGUUUGUGUCAGCAGACGAGCUGCUGGAGCGGCUGAUUGAACGGUACGAGGUGCCGCCGUUGGUAAAACUGGGAGAAGCGGAUCGUAGCCCUCUCGAGCACCACGCGUACGUGGAGUUGUGCCGCGAAAUCCAGUGUACGGUGUUCAGUGUGCUUGAGUUGUGGGUGAAGAGCUAUUACGAGGAUUUCUCCAAUGAUGCAUUGCACCUUCGCCUGCACGUGUGGGCCAAGGAUAAGAUUGACCGGUGUGGCGCCCCUACUGCGCUACUGCGGCUGAUGGCAAAGGGUGACCGAAGGGCUCUGCACGCCCGCACGCCGAAGAUCCUCCCGGGAAUCCCAAGGAAGGGAGGCACGCCGACAGCACUGCUGAUUCAACACACACCGAAUGCAAUCGCUGCCCAACUCACCAUUUUGACGUCACAUGUCCACCGUCACCUCACGGGGCCAGAGCUGAUCGGCCAGCGGUGGAAAACUGAGGAGGUGAGUUUCAUACCUAACUUCAUUCAAUAUCGAGAUUUUUUCUUUCGGGUGAACAACUGGGCAUCAUACGCCGUUGUCUCAGAGAGGGAUUUAGAGCGGCGGACGCGGAAUCUAACUGCGCUGAUGUCUGUUUGCGACGAGCUUAUCAAGUUGCGAAACUGGGACAUGCUGGUGGCUGUGUACGGCGGGCUAAGAGAUCCGGCGGUGGUGCGCUUGUCUCUCACUUGGGCAGCUCUUUCAGGUGACGACGUUGCGCUCUUUGCCCAACUACAGAAACUACUAGACUCCGAUACGGGCUACAAGACGCUUAAGAAUGCGAUGCAGAAUGGGGAGCGGCCGCAGUUCCCAUGCAUCGCCGUCUUCUUUCAGGAGUUAAGGGAUUUAGAGGAGGGCAGAUGCUCGCAAGAAGGCCGUGUGAAUUUUGGGCGCUGCCUGCAGCAAUACCGGCUCCUUCAGUUUGUUCUCCUUGGGUCUGGCGCACAGGUUGAUCAGCUGGUUCCUGAUAGUGAUUUGAUGGGCGCGUUUUCCUUCUGGCGCCCCGUCGACGCUUCGGUGUUGAUGGAUCUCUCCAAUGAAGUGGAAGGCAACUAA